AUGCUAGAAACGUCCUGGCUGGCACUGGCAGUCGCUGCCGUGCUCCCUUUGGCUCGCUGCCAGAAUCUCACCAGCAGUUGGCCGCAUGAUUACCCGGGCAUCCCGGAUGGCGACUACAGCCCAGAGUGGCAGUGUUACUUUGAAGUUGCAGAAUCGUUGCCCAACGUCACAUGGCAGCUCCCCCGAUCCUUCGCGGGAAACAUUGGCGUGCAGCGUGCGGGACACCCGAAUGACACGCUCUUCUUCUGGGCGUUCGAGAGCGAGCCCGGUUCUCUGACUGCCACCGACAGUGUUCAGCCUUGGGGGAUAUGGUUGAAUGGAGGACCUGGUGCAUCCAGUCUCCUGGGACUACUUUACGAGAAUGGACCGAUUCAUCUGAAUGUGGACCUUGGAGCUUACGAGAAUCCUUACGCAUGGAACACCCUCGCGGACUACAUCUGGAUUGAUCAACCUGUAGGCACAGGAUGGGCAACGGCAGAUGCGGAAGGGUACGCCGCCGAUGAGGAUCAGGUCGCAUCGGAUUUCGUCGGGUUCUUGGAAAAUCUGGUCAAAGUGUUCCCUAGCCUUGCCACUCGACCUCUGUAUCUGACCGGCGAAAGCUAUGCUGGAACGUACAUACCGUACAUCACAAAGGCGCUCUUCUCGACCCCGAAUCCGCCCGUUAAGUUGGCCAAGAUUGCCAUUGGAGACGGGACGAUCGGCUCUGGAGCCACGUCCGAGCUCCUUCCUACGACCUACGUCAUCGAAACAUACCCACAGCUGAUCGGUUACGAUCCAGAGGUGUUCCAGUGGUUCCAAGAACAACAGCAUCUGUGCGGGUACGAUUUGAACCUGACGUACCCGCAAGACGGGUACUUCCCCGACCUCGGAUACGUCUACCCUGUGAAUGGCGCCAUCAAUGCCGAGACGCUCAACAAGCGCAAACCGAUCCUCACCAAGAGGGCGCUGCUGCAGGAGGCGCGCGUGCGCUACGGCAACUUCGGGCGCAUUCCUGCGGGGCGUGUGGGUCACCUGCGCAGGGACCAGUACAAGCGGGACCUGACGGGGAGGGCGAACGGGACUAUUGACCCGUGGUAUGGGUGCUUCACGUACGAUGCUAUGAUCGACUAUGCACUCAAUUUCUCGUACCCGUGGAGCCUCGCUGGAUCGGAAAACUACAACGGAUUUGACGUUUAUUCCGUGCGGGAUGCGCUCAACCCGGAGGUUCCUAUGGAUGGUAGUACAUUCUUCAACGAUCCCGGCUCAGUAGCGGCAUUGCAUGCACCUACGAGCAAGGCGUGGGUGGGGGAAGCAGGUUACUGCUUCUUGGGUGGCGAGGACUGCGAGGAUCCUAGUGUCGAGCCUAUGGCGUUCCUGAACGGGCUGGCAGCCAAUGCUUCCGACCGUGGUGUCGCCAUUGUUAUCUACUCCGGGAACGAUGAUACUCUUGUCUCUCACCGAGGCUCACAAGUUGUCAUCCAGAAUACCACGUUCGGUGGCAUCCAGGGGUUCACUCGGGAACCAUCCACACCCUGGUAUAAUGAAGAAGGAGAGUUUGCCGGCAUUGUCCACCAAGAACGUAACUGGACCUACAUUCUGAUCAAGGGUGCAGGGCAUCUGGUUGCAGGCAACCAGCCGGAGGUGGCACUAACGGUACUUCGCGAAUUCAUCCUGGGCAACAAUUCGACCGGCCUCGUCACCGAAAUCAACGGCGUGGCGACGGUGAUUAGCGGAGAGGUAUCCUCGUUGGCAGAGGCCGUCCUGCCUGGCCAGCUGGGCAUAUACACUGGAUCAGGGUCGACCCAGGGCACGUACACGUAUCCGUCUGCCACCAUAGCAGCAUGGAGCAGUUACAUUCUGACUGCCACUGCGAGUCCAAGCGCUGCCAUCACGUCGCAGCCAGCCGAGAGGCGAGCUCUUCCUGGACAGAACAGAAGUCCCUGA